CUUUUGCUUUAAGAUUGAUUCCUCUGCAACCCAGAAACACAAACACAGGAAGGACGACACUUCAAGAGUUGUCGUUAUUGUGGUUGAGUUAGAUCGUUAAUGAAAAUGGAGCAAGGCAUGCAGCUGAUUGAUGGAAAUGGCAAGUUCAACGUGGAUGGACUCAAAGACUUCAUGACAGCCACCGAGUUCGCUCAGUCCGGUCUCUCCUACGCUAUUGUUGCCAUCAUUGGCUCACAAAGUAGCGGGAAAAGCACCCUAAUGAAUCAGACCUUCCAUACCAAUUUCGAGGAGAUGGAUGCAUACAAUGGAAGAAGCCAAACAACCAAGGGCAUUUGGAUUGCAAAGUGUAGUGAUAUUGACCCUUUUACGAUUGCCAUGGAUUUCGAGGGAACCGACAGCAAUCAAAGAGGCGAGGAUGACACAGCGUUUGAGAAACAAAGCACCUUAUUUGCCUUGGCAAUCGCUGACGUUGUUUUGAUAAACAUGUGGUACAAAGACAUUGGUCUGGAAAAUGCAGCCAGCAGACCCCUUUUAAAAACCGUUUUCCAGGUCAUGAAGCGUUUAUUCAAGCCCCGCAAAAAAACAAUACUGUUCGUUCUACGUGAUCACUCAAAGACUCCACUUGAAUAUUUAAAGACUGCUCUCUUAGAAGAUAUUGAGAAGAUUUGGGCUGCAGUUGCUGAGCCUGAGACUCUCUGUAGCGCUCCUCUCAAAGAGUUUUUUAAUGUGGAGAUCACUGCUUUGCCUCACUAUGAAUUCCAAGAGGAGAAAUUUAAAGAGCAGGUUGCUCAACUGAGGCAGCGGUUUGUCCAUUCCAUUUAUCCAGGAGGUCUUGUUGGUGACAGGCAGGAAGUUGAACCUGCCUCAGUGUUUCCUCUUCGUGCAGAAGAGAUUUGGAAAAUAAUAAAAGACAACAAGGAUUUAGAUCUUCCUGCUGUCAAGGUCAUGGUUGCCACUGUUCGAUGUGAAGAGAUUGCAGAUGAGAAGCUCAAAUGCUUUACAUACGAUGAGGAUUGGUUGAAAAUGAAGGAAGCUGUUCAAGAUGGUCCAGUAUCAGGGUUUGGAGGAGCUGUCAGUUCUAUUUUGGAAACCUAUCUUUCAGAAUAUGACAGGGAGGUAGUCUAUUUUGAUCAAGAAGUACGAAAUGAAAAACGGCGACAGUUGUUGUCAAGUGCGUUGAUGGUGGUACGCGAUGCCUAUGAUACCUUGCUGAUGCAUUUGUAUUCGAACACAGUUAAAAGUUUUAAAACUAGGCUGGAACAGUCACAGAAUGAAGGACAAGAAUAUGUUGUUGAUAUUCAUCUCUAUUCCCAAUCUUGCAUGGUCGAGUUUGAUCAAGGAUGUGAAGGUGACGUGUUUGAUGACUGUGUAGAACUGCUGAUGUGGCUGCUGACAUGGACAGUCACCUCGCCGGCGCGUGUGGCGAUAUGGGCUGAGAUUGCUAAGCCUGAUGCUCAUAAAGGGACUCCUCUGGGUGAUUUUCUUAAUGUGGAGGUCACUGCUUUGCCUAGCUAUGAAUUAGAGGAGGAGAAGUUUAAAGAUAAGGUUGAUCGGCCAAGGCAGCGGUUCUUCCAUUCUGUCUCUCCGGGAGGUCUUGCUGGUGAUAGGAAGGAUGCCCAACCUGCUUCAGGGUUUCCCCUUCAUGCAGAACAGAUAUGGAAAACCAUAAAGGAGAACAAGGAUCUUGAUCUUGCUGCUAUGGAGGUGAUGAUUGCCACAUUUCGAUGUGAACAAAUUACCAAGGAGACGCACAGUCGUUUGAAAUCUAAUAAGACUUGGUUGGCAUUGAGAAAAGCUGUUAAAGCUCGUCCAGAACCGAAGUUUAGGAAAAAACUCAUAUCUGUUUUGAAAAACUCCUCACCCACUGAUGACAAUGCUGAUGAUAGUGCCGAUGGCAGUGCUAAUCAUAGUGCUGAUGACCUAGCUGAUGACAAUAUCGAUUGCGAGAGUGCCGAUGACCUUGCAGAUGACACCGUUGAUGACUGUGAAAAUGGAUAA